GAUUUGAUGUAAAAUCUUGUUUAUCAAAUAAUGGAGUAAAUUUCUCCCAAAUCCCUCCUUGAUAUCUUUUGCUACAUUUAAUUAGGCUACUUAAUUUUCUUAACAUUAUUAAUCCACAUUCUUAAAUUUAUCCAUCCUUUUGGCUCAUUUCAUAUAUCUUUGUUUUCCAUUGCCUGUCAAGAACUCUGUCAUUAGCUUUUUUAGCCAAACGAAGAACAUUCUCAGUUAUGGAUUACCCAGCUGAAGACAUGAACUGUGUUCUAAGAGUCGAUACCCGGUUCCUUGGAUGGCGUGUGAUGCUUGUCAGAGUCUUGGACAGCAUUGAUGGUAUCACUUAUAAAAUAGAUGGAGAAAAGGGAAUUGUCCAAAUAACAGGAAGAAUAAACCCUAGACAAUUGAUGAAGACACUCGCGGAAGUAGGGUUACACGCAGAUUUCUCUCGGGUGAGAUCCCAAUUUGGAGAGACGAAUAUUCCUUCGAGACAUUGUUAUGAUUACCGGUACUAUGGUGGCUAUGGAUAUAAUCCCUAUGUAAAACCAGAGUAUUAUUAUGGCUAUCCUCCUCUUCAGCAAAGAAACUGGCACCCCAUAUAUGAAAACUACCCACAUUACUUGCAUUAUAAUCAGAAUCAACCUGUCUAUGAGCCACAGGCUGAGUACUUCCCGCAGCCGCCACCGCAACCAGACAGCUUUCGUAAUGGUGACCCCGAGUGGUGCACCAUAAUGUGAAAGACAUUAGUUAUUUGACCUAAUGUUCUUUUGUUGGAAACCUUAAGGAUUUUAGUAAACAAUAACGUGUCCUAGUUUUUUAUGCAAUGGACAUUCAUAUGUAGCUGUUAGGUUAUUUAGACAUUUGAUCUUUGUCUGUUUUUUUCCCUUUGAAUAUUUGAUGCUUUGUUUAUUAGCUUGAUAAAUAUUUUACAUCAUGAUCAUAUCAUGAGAUCAUCUUGAUUGGAAAUGGAACCAUAUAUGCAUAAAA